ACAUAUGUAGUUGCAGGUACUGGAGAUUGCAUGUUGUAUUUGACCGAACUAUUCAGCCGCACGUGAGAGAAUUUUUAUUUUUCAGCUGUACACCGAAAAGAGCUUGUUGUGUUCUGUUAAUUCAUUCACGAUGUUCGUGAGAACUAGCGUGGCGUUGUUUUAUGUAACUUGCGUUCUUUCUCUCUGCGAAGAAUCUUACGGUAUAAAAAGCACAAACAAAAAAUCACAGCAUUCUUUUCAUUCAGUUGGAAUGUCAAAGCAUAGAAAAGACACCACUGAAAGUGAGACAGGAGAUGGAGAACAAAGUGUCAGUGACUCUGAGCAAGAACCUUUCCAGGCGCACAAAAAGUAUCGUGCCGUCGACGAUGUCACAGCCAUUAAACUUGACAGUCAUAUGAAUGUUGCUAGAGGUGGAGCUAAAGGUGGCAAAAUGAGUGAUAAAGAUGGAGAUGGAGGCAGUGUAAUGGAUGGUGGAGGUCUCAGUGAAUUCGAGCAAGAAGCCUUGCAGGCGCACAACAAGUAUCGUUUAAUCCACAAUGUCGCAACGAUGACAAUGAACAGUCGAAUGAAUGAAGAAGCAGGAGAAUGGGCUGCAAACAUGGCAUCAUUGGGUAGAUUAGUACAUGCAUCCAGCGAGGAAAGAAAUGGUGAUGGUGAAAAUAUCUACUAUGGCUGUGGUAUGUCUGUCACUGGAGGAUCAGUCACAACUGAAUGGUAUAAGGAGGUGUGUAAUUAUGAUUUUGACACUCACAAAUCAUCAAAUCAACGAGCUGUCGGCCAUUUUACACAAAUUGUGUGGAAAAAAAGUUUAGAGUUGGGAAUUGGAAGAUCAUAUAAGGAUGACUGUACUUACGUUGUUGCACGGUACAGGCCUCCAGGAAAUUAUUUUGGUCGAGAACCAGAAAAUGUUUUCAAAGGAACAUACGAUUCGUCGUUUUGUGAAAAUCCCGUGUGGGUUCCCACCAUUAAAGGGGAAAGUGACGCUAAGGAAAAAAGUGGAAGACGCGUUAAAGCAAAAGGGAGGGAAGAUUCUUUUUUGGAAAGCAAGGAUACGCAUAGCGUUAAUAGAAAAUGGGAGGUGGUGACGUCAAAAAAACUUGCUGUUUAUUCAUUAACGAUGUUUUUGAAGAUUGGUUUGGCAUUGCUCUACGUAACUUGUUUUCUGUGUCUUUGUGAAGGCAUCACUGAAGGUGAAGCUAGAGAUGGAGUGGCAGAUGAGGAACAAAGUUUCAGCGACUUUGCGCAAGAAGCUUUGCAGGCGCACAACGAGUAUCGUGCAAUCCAUGAUGCACCGGCCAUGACACUCAACAGUCAAAUGAAUGAAGAAGCAGCAGAAUGGGCAGAACACUGGGCAUCAAAGGGCUCUUUAGAAAUAGACUAUUCGCCUCACAAUGAAAGAAAUGGUGACGGUGAAAAUAUAUAUCUUAGUUGUGGAAUUCCUGUCUCUGGAGAAUCUGUUACGACAGAGUGGUACAAUGGUGUGUGUAAUUAUGACUUUGAUACUCACAGAUCGAGGGGAGCUGGCAGCGAUUUUACACAAGUUGUGUGGAAAGCAAGUGUAGAGUUGGGAAUUGGAAAAUCAACUAAAGGACGCUGUACCUACGUUGUUGCACGAUACAAGCCUGCAGGAAACUGGGUGGGGGAAGAUAGUGAAAACGUGUUAAAAGGAUCAUACGAUCCCUCGUUUUGUGAAAAUCCUGAGUUGUUUCAGACCACUAAAGUAGGAAAUGAUGCUCAAAGAAAAGGUGGAAGACGGGCUAAAGCAAAAGGAAGGGCGGAUUCUUUUGCUGGGAGCAAGGGUAGGCAUAGUUCGAAUAAGAAAUGGGAAGAAGGUGGCGUCAAAACAACCCAUGAUUUAAAAGAUAAAUAUCUGGCUGUGUUCCGUUCUCAUUAUUUCAUGACGUUUGUAAGUAUUGGACUGGCGUUGUUCCUUCUAACUUGUUUUUGUUCUUCUCUCUGUAAAGAAUCUUGUGGAAUAAAGUCUACAAACAAAGAAUCAAAGCAUUUUAUUCAUUCAAUUGGAAGGUCAAAGCACAGAAAAGGCAAUGCCAAAAGUGAUGCUAGUAACGAUGGCGGAGAUGGGAAACAAAGUUCCAGUGACUUCGAGUGUGAAGCAUUGAAGGCACACAACAAGUAUCGUAAAAUCCACGAUGUCCCAGCUAUGAAACUCAACAGUAAAAUGAACGAAAAAGCAGCUGAAUGGGCAGAACACAUAGCAUCUUUGGGUGAUUUAAAACAUUCAUCUAUCGAUGAAAGAAAUGGUGAUGGUGAAAAUAUCUACUAUAGCUGUGGCUCGCCUGUCUCUGGAGAAUCUGUCACAGCUGAGUGGUAUAAGGAGGUAUGUGAUUACGACUUUAAAACUGGUCAAUCGAAGGGAGGACAAGUUGUGGGCCAUUUUACACAAAUUGUGUGGAAAACAAGUGCCGAGUUGGGAAUUGGAAAAUCAACUAAAGAACAUUGUAUCUACGUUGUUGCACGGUACAGACCCCCAGGAAACUGGGUGGGGCAAGAGAAUGAAAACGUGUUGGAAGGAUCAUACGAUCCCUCGUUUUGUGAAAAUCUUGAUUGUGUGCAUACCAUGCGCAUGGCUUGUGUGCCAGGAGUUGAAAAGAAAGCAUACUCUACAUUCUAUCAUAGCGAAAGUCGAGAAAAAUACAUCAUUGUCAGAUCUAAUAGCAUAAAACCAACAGAGAAAGCGUUCAGUGGAAAUGAAAUGACAGAACAGCAAAAGAAAUCGAGCACUUCGUGGGGUGGUGGUGGUACUGGUGGAGGAAGCUGGUCAAGUAACUGGGGUGGAAAUGGUGGUAAUGGAAUGGGUGGUGGUAAUGGUGGAGGAAGUUGGUCAACUAACUGGGGUGGAAAUGGUGGUAAUGGAAUGGGAGGUGGUAAUGGUGGAGGAAGUUGGUCAAGUAACUGGGGUGGAAAUGGUGGUAAUGGUGGAGGAAGUUGGUCAAGUAACUGGGGUGGAAAUGGUGGUAAUGGAAUGGGAGGUGGUGCUGGAGUGGGAGGUGGUGCUGGAGUGGGAGGUGGUGCUGGACUUGGAGGUGGUGCUGGAGUGGGAGGUAUGAUUAAUGGAGUCAGGGUUUCAGGUCGCUGGCAAGGUUUCCGUGAUUUUAAAAAAGAUGCCCUAAAGACGCAUAACAUGUACAGAGCAAUCCACAGUGUUCGCAAGCUGAAGAGAUCCUGGUUACUCAAUCGGCAGGCAAAACGGUAUGCUCGUAAAUUAGCCAAAAACGGAUUUUACAACGUGAGCCAUGACUCGCAAAUUACACCAGGUGUCGGAGAGAAUAUAUUUGCAUAUUGUGGAAGUGACGUAAGUGGAAGUGACGUAACGACAGCUUGGUACAAUCAAAUCUGCAACUACAAUUUUGACGAGCCUUCAAAAAGUCUUGGUUUUGUUGAUCAUUUUACACAGUUAGUGUGGCGUCGCACUAAAAAGUUAGGCAUCGGACGAGCAUUUGGACGCUUGGAUGGGAUGAAAUGUACUUAUGUUGUGGGAAGAUAUUUACCUGCAGGGAACUACAUCGGGCAAGAAAAGAGAAAUGUGUUCCGUGGUGAUUUCAACCCUGAAUAUUGUAAAGGAAUUUAUAUUGGCAGUGGUGGAAUAGGAAAUGGUGGAAUAAGAGGAGGUGGAAUUGGUGGUAAUGGAAUGGUUGUUGGAGGAAUAGGAGUCUCGGGAUUGGGUGGUGGUGAAAUGGGAGGCGGUGGUAUGGGAGGUGGUGGAAUGGGAGGUGGUGGAAUGGGUGGUGGUGGAAUGGGUGGAGCUGGAGGUGGUGGAGCUGGAGGUGGUGGAGCUGGAGGUGGUAGAGGUUGGGGGAGGUGGAGGGAAGUGGAGGUGGAAUGGUGGUGGCGGAGUGGAGGUGGUGGAAUGGUAAAAGGAAAGUAUGGAAGUAGUAGGUGUGUGACUUUGGAAGUGCGGACAAGAAAAUGCAGGCGGAAGUUCGUUCAAUCAAUCCCAGCGAUGACAAUCAACAGUAAAAUGAAUGAAGAAGCAACAAAUUGGGCAAAGCACAUUGCACAAUUGGGUACUUUAAAACAUGCAUCUAGUGAAGAAAGAAACGGUGAUGGUGAAAACAUUUACUAUAGUUGUGGCAUGGCUGCCACUGGAGGAUCUGUAACAACUAGUUGGUAUAGGGAAGUAUGUGAUUAUGACUUCAAUACAGGCAAAGCGAUAGGAGACAAAGUUGUGGGGCAUUUUACACAAGUUGUGUGGAAAACAAGUGUAGAGUUGGGAAUUGGAAGAUCAACUGAAGGACAAUGUACCUACGUUGUGGGAAGGUACAAGCCUCCAGGAAACUGGAUAGGACAAGAGAAGGAAAACGUACUGCAAGGAUCAUACGAUCCUUCAUUUUGUAAUAAUCCCGUAUGGGUGCCGACUAAUGGUGGUGGAGCAGGUCAAGGAGGUGGUGGAUCUGGAGGUGGUGGAAUGGGAGGUGGAGGCGGAGCUGGAGGUGGUGGAAUGGGAGGUGGACAACAAAGUGUCAGUGCCUUUGAGCAAGAAGCUCUGCAGGCGCAUAACCAGUAUCGUUCAAUCCACAAUGUCCCAGCGAUGACAAUCAACAGUAAAAUGAAUGAAGAAGCAGCAAAUUGGGCAAAACGCAUGGCAGAUUUGGGUACUCUGAGACAUUCAUCUAACGAAGAGAGAAAUGGUGAUGGUGAAAACAUUUACUAUAGCUGUGGCAUGGCUGCUACUGGAGGAACUGUAACAACUAGUUGGUAUAAGGAAGUAUGUGAUUAUGACUUCAAUACAGGCAAAGCAAAGGGAGACAAAGUUGUUGGGCAUUUUACACAAGUUGUGUGGAAAACAAGUGUAGAGUUAGGAAUUGGAAGAUCAGUUAAAGGAGAUUGUACCUACGUUGUGGGGAGAUACAAGCCUCCAGGAAACUGGAUAGGACAAGAGAAGGAAAACGUACUGCAAGGAUCAUACGAUCCUUCAUUUUGUAAUAAUCCCGUAUGGGUGCCGACUAAUGGUGGUGGAGCAGGUCAAGGAGGUGGUGGAUCUGGAGGUGAAGGUGGAGCUGAAGGUGGUGGAGUGGGAGGUGGAGGUGGAUGGAUGGAAUGGAGGUGGAAGGUGGAGUGGAAUGGAGGUGGAAGGAAUGGAGGUGGAUGGAAGGUGGAGGAAAGGUGGAGGGUGGAAUGUGGAGGUGGUGGUGGAAAGGUGGAGGUGGUGGAAACAAUGGAGGGGGGUGGAAGGUGGAAUGGAGGUGGAGGUGGAACGGUGGUGGAGUGGAAUGGGGCUGUUUGA